AUGAUCUUAUCAGCCGACUGCAUCCUCACCAGCCUUGCUAUCUCUAGAAUCAGUCAACUUUGGAUAAUACUACUUGAUUCAUUUUUAAUAGCAUUAUGGCCACAUCUAUAUGUCUUCAACAAACUAGUAAAAUUUAUUGGUAUUUUGGGGGCACUGACCAAUCACUUAGUUACCUGGCUUGCUGCCUGUCUUAGUGUUUUCUACUUCUUUAAAAUAGUCAAUUUUUGCCACCCCUGCUUCAUCUGGCUGAGAUGGAGAAUUAGCAGAGUGCUACUUAUACUCCCACUGGGGUCUUUGUUCCUACUGGUUUUCAACCUUGCAUUAACAGGUGGACUUAGUGACUUGUGGAUUAACAGCUACACAACUUAUGAAAGAAACUCAAGUUGGUCUUUAGAUGUAAGGAAAAUUCUAUAUUGUAAUGUCUGGAUUCUUGCCAGUUUGAUCUACUUAAUUUCCUUUCUUCUGUCCCUGAUCUCACUGCUCCUUUUAAUUCUGUCCUUGAUAAAACGUAUCAGGAGUUUGCAGCUCAACACCAUGGGUCCAAGGAAUCUCAGAAUGAAGGCCCAUAAGAGGGCCGUGAAAAUGAAAAUGAAAAUGAAAAUGAAAAUGAAAAUGAAAAUGAAAAUGAUGGUGUCUUUCCUCCUCUUCUUUUUGGUUCACUUUGCUUCUCUCCUACUAACAGGUUGGAUUUUCCUUGUACAGCAGAAAUAG